AUGACCAUAGUCUCAAAUGAUCCCACUUGGUGGCCGACCAUCAAUGCAUAUCGUUUCCAAAGCUAUUUUAUCGUUGCCGCUUUUGUUGGAUUGGCGUAUGAUUGGGCGCUUACUUUUGGACAAGAGGUCGAAUUAGUCUGGAGGCAACGCUGGUCUCUAAUGACGGUGCUGUAUCUCCUCGUGCGCUACCUUGGAAUGUUAUAUGCUGCCCUGAGUAUGUUAGGCAAUGCUCCGACCAUCGCACUGACAGAUACAAAUUGGAUAAGUGUUUUUGUAUUUGCGAUGCUGUGGGUCAUCAUCAUCACUCGGUUGCAUGCCAUGUAUCAAGGAUCCAGAAAGAUCCUUAUAUUUCUCAUUGUCACCUUCCUGGCUGUCACCAUUUUCAACGGAGUGGUCGCCGUAAUUUUAAUGAUGCAUACUUCAGGGGGGGAAUUUGUUCUCUCCGGCACUUAUCUGUGCCAGACUAACUUUGCGGAAGAUAUCACACUUCUGAAUUCUAUUACUUGGAUACUCGGCACCGUGUGGGAGGUCCUCGCACUAUGUCUCGCAGUUUGGAUUGCUGUGAAACACUUCCGUGAACUGCGCCAUCAUUCGGCAGGAGGGAUUAUCGGGGAUUGUUUCUCGGUAUUAAUCAAAACUCAUGUGGUUUACUUUGCGAGCUUCGUUGCUGUUUCUUGCUUCGAGCUCAUUCGUGAUUUAUCUCCAACAAUCUUAGCGAACCAAUAUUCCCUAGAAACUCAGAUCUUUUUCGGCUUGUCUCAGAUUUUAACAGUCAUGCAGAUGUUUGUGCUGGGACCACGCCUGAUCCUUGGCAUUCGCGAAUACCACGCUAAGCUCGUGGCCGACUCCGACGCAGCAUCUGGUAUGACCUCGAUCGCUUUCCAGGAGCGUGUGCAUGUAUCGACUAGCAACAGUGUGUGACACAUGAGAUGUUGAUGGUUGUCUGGUGCUCCGCAAGAAGCAGAAAUUUUGUUUUUCGUCUCCAUUCCAGUCCUCGUCGCAUUACUUAAGUAGUUAAUUAUUUAGUUUCAUACGAAGUAGAUUUUGAUGAGACAUUAGUGGGUCACUGGGU